GUUUUAACUCAAUCAAAGCAAAUAGCAAAUUGUUAUUGUGUAUGUGGUGUUUGAUGGCUGACUUCGAUUGUUAAAAGUGUUGCAAUAAGGUUGAAAAUGAGCGUUGAAAAUGAAGAUUAAAGAGAUUCUCCCGUUCACGAUUGAAUCGCCGGUGAUUCACUUGGUACAACCGAGUCCUACGAUCCCUCUAGGACAUGAAGUUGUCUUCCAACAAAGUUCUGCGAAUGGUGGAGGAGUCAACGCCAUUUACGCUCUUGCUGCCCAGGAGAAGAGAGUUAGAAAGCAGAAAAAGCUCCAACAAGAGAGUAAAAAGUUUAACGAAAAAGACAGUAAUCUAAACUGUGGGUUUAUCUCACCUCCUAUACAUCCAAGGAUGGACGACAAGGCGAAAACCAAGGCGAGCUUCUACGAUCUAAGAAACAACAGGUCGAUGUCAAUUGUGGAAACGUCUCUACCGAAGUUGAGUCCUACUUUGUCAGCGAGAUCGAAAUCGGUCGACGAAUCUCCUAGACCGGAGAGACGAAAGAAAAGUCCGGACUUUGAAGAUAUCUUGAGAGAGUUAGGAUGUUCCUCGAGAACUUCCGACGCCGGAGAAUCCACAACGUCUAAAGCAAGUUCUGGAGAAAGUGAACCGAAGCAAGAAGUUCGCAAAUGCUCGAUCGCCAGCAACGACUCAGUAUUCUAUGACAUAUCCCUCGAUGACGCAAACAUAGACUCAAGCGCUUCUCCAGAUAUCGCUCCGAGGAAAUCCUUCAGCGAGGAGACCUUUGACAGAAACCAAUCCGCGUACAAAAACCGCACAAGGAUUUUAGAAACGAUGAGGAGGAGUUGGAGGACGAUGUCUUCUGACUCGUGUGACGAGAGCUACGAAGAAGCCUGGAACAGUCUGAAGCCUCACGACAGAAGAAGAGUUUCCCAGAUGGUGGACGACCUUCUGUUGGAGAUCUACGGAGAGAAGGGGACGAGACCAGCAAGACGUAGAAGCUACACUGGGAUAGCUAGAGGCAGAUCUCCUGCUCUGGAUGACUCACAUUGUGAAUCUCUGUAUGAGGACACUUGUUGUACAGAGUACACGUCGGCCAAUGAGAGCUUCAGACUGGCGUACUUGCAGCAGAAACUUGAUUACAUAUUUGACCAACGCCCUAACUAAGCUCUGGAGUAAUGUUUACACAGCAAAUAUUUAUUUAGACGGGAA